AUCUCAAAGCAAUUUCCGAUAUCGCCCGGUGAAUUCUCUCCGAUCAACCGCGCAUGCACAUGUAUAGAGAAGAAUAUACGUACGCGUAGAUAUAGACAUUAUAUAAUCAUAUAUCUAUAGGAAUUUGUUGAACAGAGAUUAGAAAUUGGGGAGGGAGGUUGUUGGCAGGCGAUGGAUCUGCUGCGGUCGGAGCCGAUGCAAUUGGUGCAACUCAUCAUUCCCAUCGAAUCAGCUCACCGCACGAUCUCCUAUCUCGGCGACCUUGGCCUCUUUCAAUUUAAAGAUCUCAAUGCAGAAAAGAGCCCAUUUCAAAGGACAUAUGCUGCUCAGAUUAAAAGAUGUGGGGAAAUGGCUCGUAAGCUACGUUUCUUCAGGGAACAAAUGACAAAAGCUGGUUUGCCACCUUCAUCAAGAUUUAAUAGAAGCAACGAUAUUGAUCUGGACAACUUGGAGGUUAAACUUGGAGAACUUGAAGCUGAGCUGUUAGAGAUAAAUGAGAACAACGAAAAGUUACAACGAUCUCAUAAUGAGCUAUUAGAAUAUAAGCUUGUUCUACAGAAGGCUGGUGAGUUUUUCCAUUCAGCUGAAAGCAGUGCCGCAGCUCAGCAGAGAGAACUUGAAGUGCAGAACAUUGCUGAAGGAUCCAUCGACAGUCCUUUAUUACUGGAACAAGAAAUGAUAACAGACCCAUCAAAACAAGUUAAGCUGGGGUUUGUUAGUGGUCUUGUUCCAAGAGAAAAAUCAAUGGCUUUUGAAAGGAUUUUAUUUCGUGCAACCAGGGGUAAUGUGUUUUUGAAGCAAGCUGUGGUUGAAGAUUCUGUCAUUGAUCCCGUGUCAGGAGAGAAGGUUGAAAAAAAUGUUUUUGUCAUCUUCUAUUCUGGGGAAAGGGCAAAGAAUAAAAUUCUGAAAAUAUGUGAAGCUUUUGGAGCAAACCGUUACCCAUUUGCAGAUGACUUAGGGAAACAAUUUCAGAUGAUUACAGAGGUGUCUGGAAGACUUUCAGAGCUGAAGACUACUAUAGAUGCUGGGCUGCUGCAUAGGAACAAUCUGCUACAGACAAUUGGCUAUGAAUAUGAGCAAUGGAAUCUUCAGGUGAAAAAGGAAAAAUCCGUUUACCACACUCUAAAUAUGCUCAGCUUUGAUGUGACAAAGAAGUGUCUCGUUGCAGAAGGUUGGUGUCCUGUUUUUGCGACUUAUCAGAUUCAAAAUGCACUGCAGCAGGCAACCUUUGACAGCAACUCACAAGUUGGGGCCAUCUUACAGGUUUUGCAUACAAAGGAAUCGCCACCUACCUAUUUUUGCACGAACAAGUUUACUUCUUCUUUUCAAGAAAUUGUAGAUGCAUAUGGGGUUGCCAAGUAUCAAGAAGUAAAUCCCGGUGUAUACACAAUUAUCACAUUCCCUUUCCUUUUUGCUGUUAUGUUUGGUGAUUGGGGCCAUGGUAUAUGCUUGUUGCUGGCAACAUUAUAUUUCAUAAUCAGAGAAAAGAAAUUUUCCAGUCAGAAACUUGGAGACAUCAUAGAAAUGACUUUUGGUGGCCGUUAUGUUAUCUUGAUGAUGGCAUUGUUCUCAAUCUACACAGGAUUGAUAUACAAUGAGUUCUUCUCGGUCCCAUUUGAACUAUUUGGACCCUCUGCCUAUGGAUGUCGCGACCCAUCCUGCAGUGAUGCCUCUACUGUGGGUUUAAUAAAGGUGCGCGACACGUAUCCAUUUGGCGUGGACCCUAAGUGGCAUGGUACCCGCAGUGAGUUACCAUAUCUUAACUCAUUGAAGAUGAAGAUGUCAAUUCUAUUGGGAGUAGCCCAGAUGAAUCUUGGAAUUAUUUUGAGUUACUUCAAUGCAAAAUUCUUUGGAGAUAACCUAAAUAUUAGGUACCAAUUUAUUCCCCAGAUUAUAUUUUUAAACAGCCUGUUUGGCUACCUUUCACUCCUCAUUAUUGUGAAAUGGUGCACUGGUUCACAAGCUGAUCUUUAUCAUGUGAUGAUAUACAUGUUCCUGAGUCCUACUGAUGAUCUGGGUGAAAAUCAGCUUUUUGUCGGCCAGAAAUUCCUUCAGAUUGUUUUACUACUAUUGGCUCUUGUUGCCGUACCAUGUAUGCUGUUUCCGAAGCCGUUUCUCUUGAAGAAACAACACCAGGAAAGGCAUAAAGGUCAAUCCUAUGCACUGCUUCACAGCAUUGAUGACCCUCUUGAAAUGGAACCUCAUCAUGAUUACCAUGACCAUGAGGAAUUUGAAUUCAGCGAGGUCUUUGUCCACCAACUUAUACAUACAAUAGAGUUUGUGCUUGGAGCGGUGUCUAAUACAGCUUCAUAUCUUCGUUUAUGGGCCCUCAGUCUAGCUCAUUCGGAGUUGUCAAGUGUAUUUUAUGACAAGGUCCUACUUCUAGCCUGGGGGUUCAACAAUGUCAUUAUUCUUAUUAUUGGCAUCGUCGUUUUUGUAUGUGCUACUGUUGGUGUGCUACUAGUGAUGGAAACCCUAAGUGCAUUCCUACAUGCGUUACGACUUCAUUGGGUGGAGUUUCAGAACAAAUUCUAUGGGGGAGACGGUUAUAAAUUCCAUCCAUUUUCAUUUGCAUUAGUUAAUUUGGAGGAUGAAUGAUUCAUUGCUUUGAGUUGGUCAUAGGCUAAACGAUAGGAACCGAUCAUGCAUAUUGAAUCUGCCGAAGUAUAGAUUCUGUCAAUUCUUUCAUACGAAGUAUAGAUCUUAGAAAGGUAAUGGAGGAAGUGCCUGGCUAGUUUUGGGAAAGCAGCCUUCUCACAAUUCCCCACCCACUUUCCGAGUUGCUUAUUCAUUUCAAUAAAGAGCCUCGCUGAUAAGGCUGUCGAUCAUUCUUCAUGUACAUUAAUGGGAACUUGCAUCCAACGGGUGAACAGGCUAAUAUGUUUCUUCAAUAUUACAGUUCAAUUGCUUGAUGAUGAUUGCUGUCUGCUUCUAUCGCAAAGAAGGGGAGCCGUUAUUGUUUCGACGAUUACUCGAUGAAUGAAUUCAAACUAUUGUUGUAAUUUAUAGAAGAUUGUUGAUAUAAAUAGUUUUGACAAGUUUAUGAAUUCCUCAGAGAUUGUAAAUUAGGUCCACACAUUCAUACUUACAGAGGCUCUAUCAUUCGAUGACAAUUCUCACAUUUGAUGUUUAUAUUUCUUUUCAGAUAA